AUACCUGUCCACCUCGUUCUAUACAUCCGAGUACGAAGGGAACCCUGUCUGUAGUUGCUUGUUGUAGAUGUACUGUCUAUAUUCGGAUUUCGUAGCGACCGCGGGACCGCCUUUGACGGUUGCGCUGUUCAGAUUCUCUUAACCACCGACAGACAGCCCGCUCCGCCGUAAGACGCCCUGUAUCCUCGCGCCCCCUCCUACGCCUUUGUUGAACCGAGGAUCGAUAGCAGCAGGCUGCCAGGACAACGAGUACUCCCUUCGUGUCAUGCUGCCGAAUAACGAGGUUCGCGUCUCUCAAAAGACGCAGGUCGUCGGGCAGUCGAUUAUCCCACGCGACAUCACCGACCAAUUUACCAAUGCCGCUGCGACGCUACGCACUGGCCAGCUUGUCAAAGAUGAAUAUUUCACGCUGUUCGAGGCCGUGGGGGCGCUCGAGAUUAUGGAUGCGAAAAUGGACAGCGGAUAUUUGGCUCCUGGGGAAGCGCUCGAGGAUGACUACGACGUCAUGCGUGAGCUCCAGCCGGAAGAGGCUCUAGGGAUAAUGGACGAGUUGCUUUGCCAUGAGAUGGCAUGGCACAUGGGACAUCCGCUUUCACAGACCCUGUUCACGUCGAUAUAUCUUGAUAAGUUAUUAUGGCCGGUUCCGAAGGUAUUUGAACAGGCGCAAUUCUACCGUGGACAGGGAACAACGGAGGAGGACCUGCCACUUGUGAAUCUGGUAUUGAGAGCAUAUUGUCUCGCUCUAGUUAAGUGCUGUGACUUUGUCAAUGCGCGAGUAACCUCCGAAUACUUCUUUGAGGAAGAGGACUUCGUGACCCAGCUAUACAACCGCAGCCUUCUAACCGAGUUCGGCGUCGAACAAUUUUACAAUAUUAUUGAUAAGGCGGUUUCUUGGAUUGAUGGCCAAGAGGGUAAAAUCGAUGACGAAUUGAGAGCUGCACUCAAAGCUCGCUUGGACUUCAGAAAAGAAUUCCUUGACGCCCUGGACCAAGACCUCGAUGUCAUGGAGAGCAGGUCGACAGAAAAGUUCGCAUCCAGUUUAUCAAAAGUGCCACUUAUCGAAACGUCUAUUUCCUUAGGCAAGCCUGUCCCGAAUGCUUUCAGCCUCAAGAUCCAGCGGAAACUGGCCAGCACCGUUCCUCCACGGCCCAUGGUCAAAAUCAGCCACGAAGAUGCAUUGGACCAUGUCAAACGCUUCUGUCGUGAUGCGAUCGAUAUCCAGGAGAUCCUCGAUUACCGCGGUCCCGAAAAUCUCAGGGUGGCUCUCUGGACACUGGCAUCUCGGAAACCACAACCGUCCGUGUAUAUUCGCUCCCUUCUUCAAACAUUCAUUGUCAACGACAUGAAGGUUCUGGGCGCUGUUCCCGUUAAACAGUUCUUCUAUGAUGACCUCGCAGAGCUUACCAUGCCUUUUAAUCUGCUCUUGCAGCCUGAAAACGAUGAGGUUGAGGUGCCUUCUGAUCCUCGUUUCCAGAUGGCUAAACAUAUGAACGCUUUCAUAAAACGUGCUGCUCAGCCUCUAAUGGAUACUUUCCGUACCGCGUGUCUGAAUCGGUGCCGUGUGCGCCGUACUCUGUGUCAUCAUGCUAUUGAGUGGGAUAACCUGCAAAUAGAGGCGGAGGACCUCGAUGCUCAGCUUCGUACGUUGAACCUGGAGCCUCCGCUUGCGCUUCGCGGUUGUGAACCAACUUAUUCAUAUCCCAUCAGCAGCUGGGCAUACCACCAAAAGCUCGUCCAGCUGCGCCUGAUUAUCCAGCUUGGAUUUGAACUUUCCAUCUAUGCCCCCGAGGAACUACCGGGGAUGUACUGGUACCUUUCUCACCUGUGCUCUACCCAUUUAGCUCACAUCGACCGUAUCCGCACCUUCACCGUUGCAGCUAGUCGAAGAAGCAUCUCCCCGACAUCAAUACUGGGAAAGAAGGCCAACUCAGUCGCAGAGCGGAAACGGGCCUUUGAAAAGACACUGACCCUGUUGAACCGCCACACAACGACUCUCAUCGCUAUUGAUGCCUUUGCGCUUGCGUUACAUGCUCUAUAUGUGCUCCUUGCCCGUCAUAACGUUCUGCCUAGGGCAUCCUCCAAGGAUGCUUAUUCAAGCGCACGGCUCCGAUAUGAACUGCGUAUGAAACCAUUCAUCUCAAUUUCGCUUCCGGAGAUGGUUUCCUUCGAGGAUUACGAGCGUGAAGCUGCCCUUGAAGGUGACAGUGAUUCCGUCGUACUUGAUCGCGCCACACGUGCAAUGACUGAAGCACGGAAACAUUGGGAAUCUGUGCUUUCCAACGGGCCGUUCUUGCCGGUUGGCGAGGAUUGCUCGCAGGCUGAUGCUCGACAUGGUGACGCAAAGGCGGUCCAGGACGAGUGGCAGCGCGACGUCAAGGAUUCUUUGCGUGCCUGCAUAGGUACCAGUCUCGCCAUCGGAGCUGUCAAGAAGGCUCUUUCAGCGUCAUCCGGAAAGGACGGCACGAAGCAAGCAUCUUCAGAUCCGCUUAACUUGAGCGUCGAACUACCGGAGGUAGGGUCCAAAGCUCGUUGGCAUGACUGGUGGGUUGUACCAAAGAUUUCGGAAAAGAGUACUGGACCCAAGUCGUGAGACGGUAUUUGUCCAAUACCCCUUUGUUCCUAACCGUCCAUGGUACGCCCUAACCUCAGUAUUUCUUGCGUGAGCGAAGCAUGAUAGGUCAUCUAUCCAGGAAUGACCUUCCGGGAGCGGCAGGGGAUGUGGCGACGAACUAGCUAAGGAUGCACUGCAGACGUCCUUUUUCCCCGUCAAUAUAGUAGCAACUCACCUCAUACCGACAACCCCUAGACUUGGACUUGGACCUAUCUGUUCUCUUGGCCAAGGCUUGGUUAAUGUUGCCUUAUGUUUAUUCUGCAAAAGUUCGUUAGCACAAGGCCCCCUCAGGUACAUUCAUGAGAACUCCCACAACGCUCUACCAAACUGAAUGAGGGGCCAAGGGAAAAUGCUAGCAACGCAGUAAGAACGGCCUCCGUUGUGAUGGCACGUAGUUAGAAAAUCAGUGCAGGUACGCUGACUAUAUUAAAUCAAAUAUCAUCCAUUCUAAUGGAGUCCUUAAAUCAUGCACGGACCUC